AUGGCCGAUCCUCAGCAUGAGAUCCCGGUUUCUACUACGCCCGUAAUGUCUGAUGCGUCCAGUCGGCCCGUUGCUGCUGCGGCCAGUGCGAGGAAGGCGAUGCCAGUCAAGAACGCAACCUUCGAAACCCUUUCAACUAUGGCCGCAUCUAUCACGCUCGGCGCAGUGAGCAGCACCUUCACCACACUCGCAAGCCCCGUCGGCAGGGCUCCCGCCACUGUAGAUCCGCCUCCAGAUCCACCAUGCGCAUCCCCAUUCGACCUCUAUUCCUGCCCUUCCGAAGACUACCUCCCCGGCAUACCUCCCGUCCUGAUCGCACUGGUGUGCAUCGUACUGGCAUGGACGUUCCUCUUCGCCUACGCAGUGUACCAUCUGCAUCAGUGCGAUGCAAUUCCUCAUAAGUUGCCAGCGCAUCCGCAGUGGCGGCAGGAGGAGAAUCAUCAUGGUCAGCGCAGUCCGAAGAAGGCGGGCGGAAGAUUCGAGAUGAGGGGCCUAGGAGGCAAGGAGAUGGAGAAGGAGAGGGAGAGUCUGGGCGUGUUUGACGGAACUGGUGCGAGAGAGAUGGUGAAGUUGGAUUCGAGGGGGACGGACAUGGAGGAGAAGAAGAAGAAGAAGACGAGAUCUGGUAGAUUGGGUGGGACUGUAUCUCGGGGGUCGCAGUGCAUGGGAAUCGGCGAUAGUAGAGAGAGGAGUUGGGUGGGAGAUCGCUCGAAAUGUGAGGGAGGUGUGAGGCUAAAGCACGACGUGUUGAGCGAUGGCUAA